AUGGAGGCGUUCAGUGUAUCUCUCACGUUGGAGAUUGCCAACUCUGCCACGCCGCGCAAAGCAGACGUCACGGAAGCAUCAAAUCUAGAAAUAAAUGAAUCAUCAACUAUUAAACGAAAGAGAAAGCCGGUGCCCGGCAAAGGCUUCAAUAAGUCACGACGAGGUUGCUUCAACUGCAAGCGACGCAGAGUGAAAUGCUCCGAGGCGAUGCCGGAAUGUCGAGGCUGCAAUCGAAUGGGAUUAAUCUGCAUAUACCCAGAGAGCCAUUUGCCCCCAGCCAAAAGAUUACAUAGCGCGAGGUCCUCAAGUCCAAAGCCAUGCGCUAAUCUCGACCACUUGCGAUUCUAUCACCAUUUCUUGGCUGAGGCUUACCCUCCGACGCCGCUUGGUGCAGAACCAGUCUGGCACAAUGUUGCCGCCAUGUCUCACGAGUACCAAUUCCUUGCCAAUGCUAUACUGGGCCUUGCCGCUCAACAUCUCACCUUGUUCUGCGGUGCAGACUAUUCCAUUCAGGCUCUGGAUCUGCGUGUCUCCGCCAUCAACGGCCUGAACGAGGCCUUGUCUCAGCCAUGCCUGACAGCCACUGACGCCGAUGCUCGAUACGCGGCCAUCAUAGCAUUGACUUUCCAAUCCGGCUAUAUGACAGAUGCAAUGAUAGAAUUCAUCAAGAUGCUGCGAGGAUGGAUGUUUAUCCAGACAAAAGUAGUUCCGGACCUCGAAAUGUCCAUAUUCCGUAACUUUACGAGGGAGGCAUUCACUAGCAGUAUGAAACAACACAUCGCUCGGCAACCGAUCAACAAGAGCAUGAUUCCGCUUGAUGACUAUCUUGCCUCUCUGAAAAUUCUUCGGACGCUGUGCCAAGGAACUGCAGAGAUCAAGUAUCUCUCUGCACUUGAGAGACUGGGCCGCUUGGCCAGUCAGUCUCCCGUUGAAGAGAUUGUGCCUUGUUACUCCUUGACAAAUAAAAUGACGGAAGAGGAGUUCAAGGCAUUCACAGACCCAUCCAACGGUUGCGCGCGUAUUCUACUAUCGCAUUUCCUCAUGCUGGAUUAUACUUUGGAGGAGCACUUUUUUAGUCCCACGCCAAAACAUUUUGGUUUUUGUGGGAAGAUUAGUACUACAUGGGUUAUUAAUGUAGCUGCAAGCCUACCCUCAAAGUUUCAGCAGCACAUAAUGUGGCCGCUGGGAAUAGCAACUAGUUCGAUAAAAAUGUAAAGGC